AUACUUUGAAACAAGUUAACUUCCUAUUUUUGACACAAAUCUGGUUUCUUCUGUUAGCCGAAAUUCAUGAAUAAACUUGUCAGGGUUUGUUCUUCCCUCUGUGACAAAGCCACUAUUUCUAGCUCUAUACUUGCGACGGAAGGUUGUACUAAUUAACAUUUGUCUCUCACCCAUUCUCUCCUCUAAAUCAACUUCUUUUCAUUUUGUUCUAGUUUCAGCUUUUGUUUGGAAGGGGAGAAAAUAUGGAUAAGAAAAAGAAAUUUUUGAUGAACAGGUAUGAGAUGGGGCGGAUGCUAGGGCAAGGGACCUUUGCCAAGGUUUACUUUGCACGAAGCUUGGAGAAUGGGCAAAGCUUUGCUAUCAAGAUCAUUGACAAAGAGGUGGUGACAAGAGUGGGUCUCAUUGAUCAAAUUAAGCGAGAAAUUUCUGUGAUGCAUCUCGUCAAGCACCCUAACGUCGUUGGCCUCCAUGAAGUGAUGGCAAGCAAGACCAAGAUAUGCUUCGUCAUGGAGUACGUUGAAGGUGGUGAGCUUUUCAACAAAAUCGCCAAAGGGCGGCUCAAGGAGGAUGCCGCCCGGACUUAUUUCCAGCAAUUGAUUACCGCCGUGGAUUACUGCCACAGCCGUGGGGUAUACCAUCGUGGUCUAAAGCCCGAGCAUUUAUUGCUUGACGAAAGGGGGAAUCUGAAGGUUUCCGAUUUUGGGUUGAGUGCAUUGGGGGAAUCGAGGAGGCAAGACGGCCUUCUUCACACAACGUGUGGAACACCGGCCUAUGUUGCGCCCGAAGUCAUCAACAAGAAAGGCUACGACGGCCCCAAAGCGGAUAUAUGGUCUUGUGGGGUGAUUCUGGAGAGUUCAAAUGUCAGCAAGGGAGAGUUCAAAUGUCCGCAAUGGUUCCCAUCGGAAGUCCGAAAGCUUCUCUUCCGCAUCCUCGACCCAAAUCCGAACACGAGAAUCACGGUGGCGAAACUCAUGGAUAAUUUCUGGUUCAAAAAAGGGUUUAAACAUCUCGAGAUCCCACCGUCACCUCAGGAGUUUCGCCUGAACGAAUUGAUCAGCGACGUCCACGCCGCCUUCGAUUCCUCCGAUUCCAGAGACAAUUCAAUGAAAAACCCAAUAACCUCAUCAAGAAACCCUCUCAGGCCAACCAAUUUCACCGCUUUCGAUAUCAUAUCCCUUUCCCACGGAUUCGAUCUAUCGGGUUUGUUCGGAGACAUGGAUAAGAGAAUGGAGGCGAGAUUCAUGACCCAGAAACCGGCGUCGGACAUUGUAUCGAAAUUCGAAGAAAUCGCCCAUACGAAGAGUUUCAGGUGCGAGAAGAAAGACGGGAAGGUGAAGCUGGAGGAUAGCAAGCAAGGAAGGAAAGGGCAUCUGGUGAUAGAUGCAGAGAUUUGCGAAGUAACACCAUCCUUUUACGUGGUGGAGCUGCAGAAGACUGUUAGAGAUACAUUGGAGAAUAGGAUAUUCUGUAACAGGAGUUGAAGCCUUCUCUGCAGGAUAUAGUAUGGACUUGGCAAGGAAAUGAAUAGGUGCAAAAUAU